AGGAAAAAGAAAAAAGAACUUGCCUAUACCUUUUUAACUUCCACUGGACACCACCGUCUACUGUGUCUCUGUGUCCUCUGUUUCUAAUAUUUCUAAAUUCUAACCAACUUUUCAUUCCAAAGUAGCAUUUGAAUUCUCAAAUCAUAAUUGUUUGUACUAUUCAAGAAGCACAAUUCGUCACCAAUCAGACAAAAGAUAAUUUAGAUAAAUGGAGUCUGAAAAUGGGGUUCCAGUUGAAGAGGAGAAGAUUGUUGUGGCUGAAAAGAAUGUGGAUGUGAAGGAGGAGGAGAAUGUGGGUGAAAAACCCAAUGCAAAUGAGGAGAAGGCUGAUGAAACACCUAAUCUCAAAACUGAAGUGUCUGGGAAUGUUCCAAAGAGCAAAACAUCAAGUCAAAGAAAGCUUGCUACUGGUGGAACUACAAAGAACAAUAAAAUGGCUAAGGAUCAGGCUAGUUUAAGAGGAACAGCUGCAUUGACUCGAUCGAAAAAGGCAAGUAUAUCACUAAGUCUAUCGUUCCCGGCAAGAGGUGUUAGUUCCGAAGUAAUGAGGAAGAGCAUUGAUGUCUAUCCAAAGAAAUCGGAUGCCAAGGAAUUGAAAACAAAGGGGGUUAAAAAUGAGACUUCACUUUCUAAGGGAUCAUCAGCUUCUAGUUUGAAUCCAAAGGGUGUAUCAGCCGGAGUAUUGAAGAAUGCAAACGCAAAUGGAGGUGUUGCAACCAUCAGAAGGACAACUAUUGCAGCCGUCCCCAGUCUCCGUCAGUCUAUGUCUGGGAAAUCUCUUCUGGCCAGUGGAAGUGCAAAGAAAGCUACAUCUGAUGUAUCGAAUGACGAAAACAAAAAACCUACUAAAGCUGCAGUGCUGCCUCUUAAAGAGGAUGAGGAUGCUCGUUCUACCACUUCCUCAAGUACCACUCCUCGUGGACAACGAAGGGCUAGUAUUGCUGGAUUUUCCUUCAGGUUGGAAGAACGCGCCGAAAAGCGGAAGGAGUUCUUGGCAAAGAUAGAAGAGAAGAUACAGGCAAAGGANGUAGGAUGUCAAAGUCGUAGAACUCAGUGGAUAACUCAGGUAAUCGUAUCCAAAUUGUCGAGUAAGCCAAUUAAAUCUACUUUUAUUUCUGCUGUUACCAGAAGUACCACUCCUCGUGGACAACGAAGGGCUAGUAUUGCUGGAUUUUCCUUCAGGUUGGAAGAACGCGCCGAAAAGCGGAAGGAGUUCUUGGCAAAGAUAGAAGAGAAGAUACAGGCAAAGGAAGAGGAAAAGAAUAACAUGCAAGCAAAAUCCAAGGAAAACCAAGAGGCGGAGAUAAAGCAAUUGAGGAAGAGCCUGACAUUUAAAGCUACACCAAUGCCAAGCUUUUACAGGGAACCCCCUCCAAAAGUUGAGCUAAGGAAGAUACCAACAACACGUGCUGUAUCUCCUAAGCUUGGAAGAAAUAAGAACUCCGCAUCGACAACCAACAGCUCUGAAAGUGGAUCGUGUUUCAGUCCAAGAGUUGUCAAAGAACAGGUGAAGUCACCCACGACCUUGCUGUCAACUAGUGAUAAAGUUACUGGUGCUUCAAAAGGGAAGCCUAUUGAAACCAAGAAGCCGAUGAAAAGUUCCUCAACUGGUAAAACUAAAGCGAAAGCUGUUGGAACAAAAUCAAAACCUGCUGAAGUCAAGAACUUGGAUGAGAAUAUUUGUGAAGAGAAUCCACAAGACAUGCAUGAUAAACCAGCUGAUGAAAAGUGCGAGAUGAAUCCAGCAGACGAAAAUGCAGUUCAACCGUCAAACACUGUUGUUAUUACAGCUCAAGUCACUGUUGAAGGUUAACGCACUUUAAGGAGGUUCUAGUAUAUCCUUAUUCAUAUAUAGAUUUUUCUUUUGGUGUCUCUGAAAAUUUUAUGCUUCAUUGAGCUGUGAAUACAUUGUUGUAUGUUGUGUUUAUAAAUUGUAUAUGUUGGUUAGAAACUGUUUGACAAACUUAUUUUGUUCUAUCUUGUAUCAUGUUCAAUUGAUUCUGCCUCGCUGAGUUACAACAUAUGUUUCUCGUUUGAAAUGUAGUAAUUCUUAAAUUCUA